CACAUUACACACACAAUAACACGUGUUGACUUUCACAACUAUAUAUACUCAUUCAUCUCAUUUCCCAAAUUCAUCAAAACAAAACAAAAACAAAUCUUCAUCAAAAAGCUUCAUAUUUUCACCACCGGAAUAUUCUCUCUCUCUCCAUCAAUGGCUGAAAUCGAGAUUCCACCGUAUUUCCUCUGCCCGAUCACACUCGACAUAAUGAAGGAUCCAGUAACAGUUUCCACAGGGAUAACCUACGAUAGAGAAAGCAUCGAGAAAUGGAUAUUCUCCGACAAGAACAGCAUCUGCCCCGUCACCAAACAGGUCCUCAUCGACCCGGAUUUGACUCCGAACAUCACGCUCCGGCGGUUCAUCCAGUCUUGGUGCACCCUCAACGCCACCCACGGCGUCGAGAGGCUGCCCACCCCAAAAGCUCCGGUCACCAGAUCUCAGCUUCUGAAGCUCCUCAGCGACGCAAAGUCGUCGCAACAGAUGCAAACGAAGUCCUUACAGACACUCAGAUCCGUCGCUAAUCAGAACCAGACUAACAGGAGGUGCAUGGAAACCGCCGGAGUGGCCGAGUUCUUGGCGGCGCUGAUCGUGAAAAACACGCACGAGGCAUCUCGCUCAGAAGUAUCCGAAGAAUAUUUAUCCGAUCUGAAUAAAUCCUCCGACGAGGCGUUGGCCAUUAUAUACUCGCUCCGGUUAACGGAAUCCGGGCUGAAGAAAGCCCUAAAUAACGGCGACUUCGUGGAAUCGUUAACUUUCGUCAUGCAAAACGGCAGCUACGAGUCACGUGCGUACGCCGUCAUGCUUUUGAAAUCAAUGGUGGAAGUAGCGGAACCCUCUUUGUUAAUCAGUUUAAAACCCGAAUUCUUUUCGGAAGUAUCACAAAUCCUGAGCGACCAGAUCUCGCAGAAGUCAACGAAGGCGACGCUCAAAGUGCUGAUCGGCACGUGCGCAUGGGGGAGGAACAGGAUCAAGGCGGUGGAAGCCGGAGCGGUGGCGGUGCUUGUGGACCUCCUCCUCGACUCGCCGGAGAAGAGGACAUGCGAAAUGGUGCUGGCGGUGCUGGAUUACCUCUGCCAGUGCGCCGAGGGUAGAGCCGAGCUGAUGAGGCAUGGAGCCGGCUUGGCCGUUGUCUCGAAGAAGAUACUUAGGGUUUCUCAGGUUGCAAGUGAGAGGGGUGUUAGAAUUCUGAACUCCAUUUCUAGGUUUUCUGCAACUCAUGGAGUUUUGAUGGAGAUGCUGCAGACUGGAGUUGUGGCGAAGCUGUGCUUGGUUGUUCAGGUUGACUGCGGAUCGAAGACGAAGGAGAGAGCAAGAGAAAUGCUGAAAUUACAUUCCAGGGCCUGGAAGAAUUCUUCAUGCAUACCCAGCAAUUUGAUGUCUGCUUAUCCAUCUUGAGAUUAAUUCUUGUGAUUGUAUACGAUUUUAUUUUUUUUUUCCUUUUAAUUUGUCAACUGUGAAUAGUUUCGAUUCAGUAAUUAGAAAAGAUGAUAGAAAAAUAUUGGUAUACGGGGCAAAAAAAUGCCCAUACAAAAAGAAAUUUAUAUGUUUCAGGAAAUUGAGUUUAAUUCAAAAGAGUUGAACUUAUUCAAUUGGAUCAUCGUUCUUGCUUUU